AUGUUGUAAAAGAAGAACUCAGACAAAGAGAAUGCUUGUUAAAAUAAUAAGGAUACAUCAAAGCCACGAAUUAUAGGAGAUUAUUAAUUAGGUUUGGAGUUAUUUUAAUCUGAGUUAAAACUCUUGGAGUUGGCACAUUUGGUUUAGUUAAAUUGGGUUUGCAUCAAAUCACUGGAGAAAAGGUAGCCAUAAAGAUUUUGGAAAAGGAACGAAUAAUAGAAGUUGCAGAUGUUGAAAGAGUUUCAAGGGAAAUACAUAUUUUAAAAUUGAUUCGACAUAGACAUGUAAUUUAAUUAUAUGAAGUAAUAUUAAUAUUUAAAGUAGAUUAUAGAAACAAAGAAACACAUCUUUUUAGUAAUGGAAUUUUGUGAUAAUGGUGAACUCUUUGAUUAUAUUGUAAAGAAUGAAAAGUAAAUAGUCAAAGAUAAUUUCUUAGAUUAAAUGAAAUAGAAGCUUGUCGCAUAUUCUAAGAACUUAUAUCAGGCAUAGAAUAUAUUCACAAAUUGAAUAUAGUUCAUAGAGAUUUGAAACCAGAAAAUUUACUAUUAGAUCAUUAGAAUUAAAUUAAGAUAGUAGAUUUUGGACUAUCAAACACUUAUAAAUAAGGCGAGUUGUUAAAAACAGCUUGUGGAAGUCCUUGUUAUGCUGCUCCAGAAAUGAUAGCUGGUCAUAGAUACUAAAGUAUCUUAGUUGACAUAUGGUCAUGUGGUGUUAUUUUAUUUGCUACUAUUUGUGGAUAAUUACCGUUUGAAGAUAAGCACACUAGCGAUUUAUAUAAGAAAAUACUAGGUGGUUAAUAUACAAUACCUUCUCAUGUAUCAUAAGAUGGUUAAUAAUUUCUUAAAGGAUUACUAAACACAGAUCCUUCCAAACGUUUUAAUCUAUAAUAAAUAAAAGAACAUCCUUGGUUUAAGCUAUAUAAGAGAAUUUAGUCUAUUCCUUAAGGAAUUAUUAUAGGAUAUAGCAGAAUUCCAAUUGAUGAUGCAAUUGUUGAUUAAUUAGCAACAAAAGGAUUUAGUUCAGAUUAUAUAAAGAAAUGUCUAGAUGCUAAUAAACACAAUAAUUUAACUACAGCUUAUUUUCUUAUUUUAAAGAAACAUCUCAUGAAUGGUGGAUAAUCAGUUGCCGAUAUUAAUUCAAUUAAUUUUAAUGAAAAAUUAUUAGAACCUGCAACUCGUCCUUAGAAGCGUAGACUUUAUAUUUAUUUUUAGCACCUAUCAGUUCUCUUCUUGAUAGUUCAAUGAUGAAAACUCUUACACACAAUAGAUCUGGCUCAUGUUAACCAAAUAAAAAAUCCCAUACUCAAACUAGAGGACUUUCUAUUCCUACUGCUGAAGAUGCUAAAUCUAUCUAUAAUGGAUCUAAAAACUAUUAAACUUCAUCAUUAUCAUUUGAAGUAUAAUAAUUAAAAUAAUACAAUAAGGAUUAAUCAUUCCUCAUAGAAAGAAAUAAAUCUUAAUCAUUUUAACAGACUAAUAAUAAAAAGAUGACAACUGAUAUGUAAUUAAAUGAUACUCUAAAUAAAACUACAUAUUUGGCCACUUCUAAAAGAUCAUCUAAUACAACCACUGUAUCUCCAGCACAUAAGAACAUAUUACUAUAGUAUUUAAGUAUAAUAAUACCUUAUUAAUUAUAGAAACCCAACUCAAUACAAAUUACUAAAAUUAAAAUCUUACCCUUAAUUAUUCUUAACAAGACAAUAACAAAAAUUGUACUCCAACUGCUCUUAGGGGUAGUUCAUAACCGAAAAUACCAUAAAAUAGUAAAACAACUAAAAAUCAAAAGUCUUCUUAUUAAAAUUUUGAUACCUCUUAUGUUUAGGAUAAAAAAAAGGAAAAUAAACCAAUUAAUUUAGUGGAUACUACUAAUAUUGAUUGUAAAAAAAGAUCAUUACAUAUAGAUGGGGUAUAAUAUUCUAAUUUAAACAUUUAGGAUCUUUCUAUGCCAGCCAGCACAAAACCUUAAUCAAUGCCAUAUUAACUUUGGUUAAAAAUAAAUAGUAGAAAAGGAUCAAGAGAUCAUAGUGGAGGAGGUUAAAAAACUAAAAAAGCAAAUAGUAAUACUACAAAGGCUAAUAUUAAUUAAAGCUUCAAUUUUGACAAAAGAGUUUGA